AUGGAUACAUCUAAAAAAACAGCAAUUGAGUCACUACAUGACAUAGUGGAUGGACUGGCAAAUAUUCUUCUUAAAUUAUCUGAAAGCCAAUAUCCAAAUGAAGAAAUAUCGCACUUUGUUGGUGCAGUGGAGAGUUUGAAAGAGUAUUUUGAAGAAGUUGACUGUGAAGAGUGCCCAGCAGGGCAGGACUUAGGAAUUGGAGCUCGUCCAAUACUUCCGCAUUUAGAGAACAAUUAGAAAUAUAUAGACAUAUAUAUACAAAGACUCUUUUCGCCGUGCAUAAAAGGCACUCUUAUUAAUUUGUAGUUUAUAGUAUAGCUAUUAGCCAAAUGUAAUUUGAAACACCAAUGUUAAUAAUUAAAUAGAAAAAUAAAUAAUGAUAUAAACUCAGUACCAAACUAAAAUUGUUUAUUUUAGAUAGUCUGAAAUUCAAUCUAAAUAAAAAUCGAAGUGCUUACGUGUUUAAAUAUGCAUAUGUA